AUGAAUCGCAAUAUUAACUUGAAUAUUUCUAGUUCUGAUGAAGAAGUCAAGAAUGCAAAGAAUGUGUCAUGCCGGAGAUGGUUUGUACUGGCGUCGGGAUAUUUCGUCAUGUUUCUUAUUACUGGUUUUGCCUUCAAUGUGUCCAUCCUCAUUCCCGAACUUCUUCAUACAUUUGAGAGGAGCAAAGCAGAGACAGCUUUGGUUCAAGCAAUCACGGCGGGAAUGACUUAUGCAGCAGGACUUGGCUUUUCUGCGACUUUUAUCUCCGCAACAACGAGUAUCGGAGAGUACUUUAAUGGGAAAUCUAAGCUAAUGGCGUUAGCAUUCCUUUCAUUUGGAUCAGGAUGCGGAGGCAUAGUUAUUCCCUUCAUCCUUAACGCUCUCAUGGACGAGUUUGGCUGGAGAGGCAGUUUACUUAUUAUGGGUGGACUAAUGGCACACAUGGUGUGCUUAUUUGCUGUUUGCAAGCCAGUAUCUAUCGGCAUUUCACAAAAUAAAGAAAGCAACUCUGAAGAGAACUCCAAACAAGGCAGUUUUAGUUUUACGUAUUCGCUUAAAUCACUUGUCGCCAAUAAGGUUUAUAUCCUACUCGUAAUAGCCAUGUGCUUUACACUUCCGGUGGUCAUCUCGUCAAAGAUAUUCAUCCUCGAUUUCUUGAUGACACAAGGUUUUAACUCUGAUGCUCAGAUGAAACUCUAUCUAUGUCUGCAAAUGGGAACAGCAUUAGGUGGAAUGGUACCAGGGUUAUUAAAAAAGUAUAUACCUCACACCAGCGUUCUUUCUAUCCCUGCAUUUUUUACAAUCGUCGGCACAACAGUGUAUGCUUUCCUUCCUACUGCAGAAACGUAUGCCCAUCACGCGUUACUCCUAGUCUGCCUUGGGUUGACAUUAGGAGUCGGUAUCACCACUGUGUCAAUGACGACAAUGAAACUCGUUGGACUGCAAAGCUACACUGUUGGACUUGGAAUCCUGAUGACGCUCAUUGGUAUCAGUAACAGUAUUGGUGGACCAAUAGCAGCCUGA